AUGAAAGCAAGAACACGGAAGAAUGGAGAAUCGCAGGAGACGAAGAAGAACAGAACUCUCGGAGAGGAAACACACCUGAUAUUUGUUCACAAAGCUUCUGUCAGAUUCUGCAUUCUCGACAUUUUCAAAGAAGACGCCGGAGCUACUCCGAUAGGUAAACGUUAUCCUCUCACCUCCUUCACCAUUUCGUCCUUUCCUAUUGCAACUUCUUGUAUAGCAUGGUCUUUUAGGCGAGAACGAGACAUAAGAAUGGGGCAUCAGGGCGACGACAUUUGGGAGGAUGGCCGCCGUUCGCAGUUUGUUGAUGUUGAGAGAAAAAGGGGUUCUUUGCUCAUGUUAGGAGUUCAAUAG